GAGAACAAGUAUAUGCUAACUCUCUUCAUCCAGAAACUUAUAUAACUUCUGCAAUUUCGCCUGAUGAUGGAGCUAUUACUACUUUAUAUUGUGCUACCAGUCCAGAAAUCGAAGAGAAAAAUUAUCGCGGAAGGUAUUUUGAUCCAUACGGUAUAGAAGGUGAAAAAUCUUCACACGCUAAAGAUGAUGAUUUGGCUAAAAGACUUUGGGAAUUUACUGAGAAUUUGAUAAACGAAAAAUUAUCUCAAAAAUAA